AUUAGCAUUCCCUUUAGUUUUCAACGAGUUUCUAUAUCGAUCGCUAGGUUUUGUGCGCGUGUCUUAUGUCCCAAGCGCGUUUUCCUGCCCGAUUGCUUUUGUUUGAUUAUUCCGGUUGCUUAGAAAUUCUAUGGUCUGCUCGUUGGAAAACUCGUGAAUUGUUGGAGUGAGGGUUCAACUGAUCUUAGUGGGCUUGGCACCACAAAGUGCGUGCGUGUGUGCGAGAGAGUGUUUUUGUUUAAUUUUAUUCGAAUAGUCUGCUCGUGAUUUGAGCGAUCAAGUGCGCGAGUUGUUUCCGAAUUGCACAAAGUAAGAAAGAAAAGUGAAACUCAGGUGCCUUGAGUGCCAUAAAUGGCGAAAGUAACACUUGCGACCUUGUGGACCUGUAUUGAUUGAGAUUAACUAAGCCUCGUGUGAAGCGCAUCUUUUUUCUCAUGUGCAAGUUUUCUUCGCUACAUAUCUACCCACAGAAAAGCAAUGUGACUGUCAAAAGAAAGUGCGCUUUUAUAUUUUGUGAAUAGAGAGAAAUAACCCUUCCUCCGCAUAUGAGUUGGUGGUUUCCGAGCGCAUGUGAAACAAGGGAAAAGUGCAAUUGAAACUAGUUUUAGCUACAAGUGCUGUGCAGUGCUUUAUUUUCCUCUAUUAGCGUCCUAGACGCCAUCGCACUUCGAUAGGCUAUUGGAAGUCCGAGCUUCGUUGUGUGCCAUAUAUGUGGAAGCAACGACAAAAAAGAUAAAUCUUCAUCGAACAAAAGCGCUCAACAGAGCAAACGAGUUGAGACAAAGCAGUAUUAGAAGCUUCUUGUUGCGAAAGUGAAAGAUCUAAAACAACGUGAUCGACGCCAGAAGGGACACGAGUUCCCCAAGUUUGGGGUUGGAUUUAGGAUUUUAUUGAAGCGUCAAGCUGGCAGCGAUUCAGGAAUACACAACAUCUCUGGAACACGAACGAACCAUGACCAGUGUACUCUCCACGCCGGGGAAGUACCGCUCCCGAAAAGAUCUGAGCACCGGCUCGAUCCCCACGCUGGUAUCGCUGGAGGAGGAAUCCGGUCUCGCCACAGUUCUUGGAGCAGAUUCGAAUUAUCACAGUCAUAACGAAACACAUCACAUUCAUCUUGCUUCCAAUGGGAAUGGUACCGUUUGUUCCGAUUACGAAGGCCACCGAAUCGAACCCCUCGCCAGUUCACUAAACAUUAAGAAUGGACCUAGCGCAAAGUCGCCGCGGCGAAGCUCACUAGCCAUUGGUCUUCUCGGGGCUCGGGCUGGUGGUCCCAGCAACAUGGUGGACAAAAACAACAAACGACGCAGCUCCAUCGCAGUGGCCUUUCUUGGGGGCGGCCGCCGAGACUCAAAAUCCUAUGGCCACAACUACUCGAUUGCUACCAUCCCCGAGAAGUACCACAAGUCCACAGAGUCUGACGUUGAGAAUGACUCUCCCAAUCAUUAUUACACCGUGCCCGUGGGGAGUACCACUUCAUCUCUGUGUGAGGCCAAUGGGUCCGACAUGUUGGAUUACAGCAAUGGAAGCAUGACGAUGAACGGAACAGGAUAUGACAAGAAACGGCGCCGUUCGUCUUCCUGGCAGACCAAAUUGGAACGACGGCGACGCAAAGGGAUGUCCUCGGUGCUGGAUAGCGGGGAGUUUGUCGCAACCGGUAGUCUAGAUGGGUACGGGUCAGCCAACGGUUUGGAUGUGUUUGGAAGCAAGUACGGCCGGGAGAAGCGACAUUCGUGGUGGAAUAUUUUCAUGCCGGAGAAUCUCAAGCAAAGGACCCGUAGAGCUAGUCAAGAUGUGAUACUGUCCAAAAGCUCAGACAGCCUCAGCCCGCCCUUCAGAAGGAGCAAAUCGCGAAGUGUCGAUCAUGGUUUGGCUGCACCCUUUGAUCUUGAUUCGCUGCGAUCCAAAGUGGAGGGCCGAUUCGAGAGUAUCGAUCGACUGUCAAAAGAUGGCGAGAAAAAACGUUCGAUGCCAACGAUACCGACCAUCUCCUACACAGUGGGCGAUCGAGAUACACUGACCUCGGUAGCGGCACGUUUCGAUACCACGCCAUCGGAGUUGACCCAGCUGAAUCGUCUGGCUAGCUCGUUCAUCUAUUCCGGCCAGCAAUUGCUGGUGCCAGACAAAACAGCCAAAGCAGCCGUGGCCGGUGGCACCUAUGGAGAGACAGACACAAGCACCGACCGAUCGUCACACAGUCCCACCGAAAGCCGCCGCAAGGGAUCACAGGAAGAUCUCUCCCAAGAUGAAAAAGAUUUGUUGGAGGGACUCCGUCCCGGUUCGCCAAAGCCUGGCCACAUUGAGCGUGUUGCUUCACCAAACAAUCAGAGUGGUGGUGGCGGUGGGGGAGACACUGCGGCAGGUUUCAACGAAGAUGAUCCAGUUACCAUUCAACGUUUUCUCAAGAUCAACGUUCGGCACAUCACCGACGGUCAGGGUGUGGUCGGUGGUGUCUUGCUGGUUACUCCAAACGCCGUCAUGUUUGACCCAAAUGUAUCUGAUCCGCUAGUCAUCGAACAUGGGCCCGAGAGUUACGGUGUGAUCGCACCGAUGGAAUACAUUGUCAACGCCGCUAUAUUCAACGAUAUUGCCCAUAUGCGUGUCCAGGGUGCGACCGGUGGUAAUGAAACGGUUGAAAAGGCGGAGAUAUAUUAUCCGGCUCCGGAGAAAUCUUGCUCACGUUGUGACACACACUCACCCGGGAAGGAUUCGCUGCUGGUCAAGGAUGAAACGUUCCCUGAGCUAGGUGUCGGAUCGGUGGAAGGUUGCGACGACCAGGAAAGUAUCUGUUCCAGUAAUGAACGCGAGGGUGACGCCUUUCCGAAAGCAUUUGAACGCGAUCUGGUUACGCCAAACAAUCUCCAACGUUUGCAUGGGGAUUCGACCGAAAGUGGCGGUAGCUCGGAAAAACCACCUUCCACUGAGCCGCCAUAUCUGAACUACGAUCGAGAUUCACUGUCACACACACCCAAUUCGCUGGAUAACAGUCACAGUGGUAGCCAGGAGGCCGCGAAAGGUUAUGACGGCGACAGAACAGACCAAACCUGUAAAACCGGUAGCAGUAUUCAAGUGGACCCGACGUUACGCUCCCUGGAGGAACGAAGACGUAGUCUGCUCGAUCAGCAUUGGGCUAUUCCCAGCAAGGAUAGAGUGAAAUGUAAUUGCAAAAAAACUUCAUCUCAAAGAUCGCUGGACGACGAGGAAGCCGCCAGUGCGGGAAGUGGGUCUGUCGGAAUUCCACUGGUAGCUGCCGAAGGUGGUGUAGGAGAGGAUGCUGCUGGGCAGCUGGUGAAACUUUCCUGCCACGAUUCGGGAAUUGAUAUUCGCGAUCCUCCGGCGGUUGCUCUGAGCGGUGCGGUGCCAAAUGUACCCGCCCCCGUCGUGGCACCGAUUGCGGCCAAGAAGGUGUACAGCGAUGCGGAAAUUGUGCUGAGCGCCGAUUGGGUGCCACCGUUGACGAUCGCCCCAUCCCAUUGCGUUGAGAGCUCGCCGAGGAACUCCUCAACCAACUCUUCACAGCAAAGCUCCCUAUCUACCAGCCAACCGGAGGGUUCGGGUCGGAAGAAGACCUCCAGUGUUAGCUUCAGCGUCGAGGAACAUGAUCCACACAGUGCUGCAUCGCAACUGGAUAAAGCCGGUGAAACCAAGAAGAAUAAGAUGUUAAAACGUUUAUCGUAUCCAUUGGCUUGGGUCGAAGGAUUAACCGGAGAAGGAGGUGGUACUAGUCACAAGUCGUCGGACUCGAUCGAAUCGGCUCCCAAUACAGGAGAUUCUAAUCAAAGCGUAUUUUCCAAAGUGUUCUCCAGCUCGCCCAUCACAUUGGUCUCGGAGUUGGGCGGCAAUUUGUUCUUGUCGAAGACCCCCUCGGAAGACUCGGGUGGCUCACCGGUGCCCCCGUUGACGCCGCACGAUGGUCACCACCAUCCGCACCAACAGCAGAGCGGUGGGGGAGGAAGCACCGCAUCAUCGGCGGCUGGGCGCUCCUCGAUAGGAACAUUCAUUCGGCCACAGCCAACGGCCGAAGGCGGUGGUGGCGGACCAACUGCCAAGCACCACAAGCAGCCGCCUCCUAAACUGGACUAUCGCUCUAUGGUUUCGAUUGACGACAUGCCCACACUCUUCGUCAGCUUCGAUAUGAGAGCACCAUUGUUUCCGCAACUUGAGAAACUUGAGCUUAUACCACGACCGGCACGCGCUUGUCCCGAUCCACCGAUGUACCUGCGGUUACGCAUGGGCCGCAAGAUUGGCAAGAACACACCGCUGCCAACCACCGUUAUGUCUUAUGGCAAAAACAAGUUACGGCCAGAGUACUGGUUCAGCAUCCCGAAAAACAAAGUUGACGAACUGUACCGAUUCUUGAACGCUUGGGUGCAACAUUUGUAUGGUGAACUGGACGAGAAGGCCAUCAAAGAGCGUGGCUUUGAGCUGAUCCAGAUCGAUACCGAGUGGACCACGAAGGGCGGUAGUCCUACUAAGGAUGGACGCUCCGUCAGUGAAGGCGAAAUUACCGAAUACACUCGCGAAUCAUGGGAGCUGCUGAAGGCACCGUUUGUCAAAACCUACAAUAUUAUUAAAAGUCAGGCCGGAUCCAACGAUUUGGAUGGUUGUGAGGUUCUGUCUAUGAGCACAGAUGACUACCGAAAGGCGACACUAUUUGCAACCAGUUCCUUCGAUCAGGACUUCCAGAUACCGGACUUGAUUGGCCAGACGGAGAUCCUCAGCGAAGAGCAUCGAGAGAAGCUCUGCGCCCACCUACCAGCGCGUGCCGAGGGGUACUCGUGGUCUCUGGUGUUCAGCACUUCGCUGCACGGCUUCUCGUUGAACUCGUUGUACAGGAAGAUGCACAAACUGGAGAGCCCCAUCCUGAUAGUUAUAGAAGAUACGGAUCAUAAUGUAUUCGGAGCACUUACAUCCUGUUCGCUGCAUGUAUCGGACCAUUUCUACGGCACCGGCGAAUCACUGCUGUACAAAUUCAACCCACACUUCAAGGUGUUCCACUGGAGCGGUGAGAACCUGUACUUCAUCAAGGGUAACCCGGAGAGUUUGGCGAUCGGAGCCGGAGAUGGCAAAUUCGGGCUCUGGCUUGACGGUGACCUGAAUCAGGGCCGAUCGCAGCACUGCAGUACCUACUCGAACGAACCACUAGCGCCACAGGAGGACUUUGUCAUCAAAACGCUCGAGUGUUGGGCCUUUGUUUAAAUAAAACCAGGCUGGAGGCGUAACAGAAGAUUACAAAUGAAAAAAGUGUGUGCAUGUCGCGUCGAGUGCGUGUGCGUGUAUGUUGGUGUGGGUGUGAGUGUUUUGGUGUGUUCAGUACGACACUGUAUUCGCGAAAGAUAAAGCUUUGUGGCAUUCUGGAAGUCCUGAAGCGGGCGCUCCGUUGUGAACUGGGAUACUAUUCAAAGUGUAAUGCCUGGGAUACACAUAUACCCGCUAUUGAGAGGGAAAGAUUAUUACAAAAAAAAAUUAGUGAAAUGCUACUUUUAGGAACAUUAUGAGGAAACUAGAGAAGAACCAGAAGAUUAUUAUGGAUGAGAAUAUAAACCAUUUACAAGAGAGAAUUUAUUAGCUCACCUAAUCUUUAUGCGUUCGAAAAGAGUAACGAUUUAAAGAAAAGAGUUGUAGCAAUUAUAAGGAAAAGCCACCUGUGAAGAGGGCACGUUGUUAAGAGGAUAUAUAUUUAUAACAGAAAAAAAUGAAACAUUAAUAAGGGUAGUUCCGAAUUAAUGGUGAUGAGACAUGAGAUAUUUGUAGUCGAAAUAUUGGCACGAUGGACGCAGCAGUGGUUAUUUACACUGUGCGUAAUCGAUGAGUUUAGCAAAAUUACAUAACCCUCAUAUACAUUUACAUAAUUUUGAGGUCUCUCGACAAAUGCAACAGCGAUCGCAGAUAACCAGAUGAGAGGCUUCAAACUAUCCUCAAAAGCAAAAUCCAACUCUUGUACAGGUAUAUGUUUAUUAACCUCUCUAUACAUUAGUGCAAAUAAUAAAUUAACCAAGGCAAAAAAUCACCGAAAACAUAAAUAAACAGCUAAACAGCACAUGCUGCAGCUACGUAAUCACAAACAUUUAAAAAAGUAUAUAUAGCAAAUAUAAUAAAUGAAGAAAAAUGUUGCUGAAAACCAAUAUAACAGAAGUCGUGUUAGAAGUAAAAUGUUCAAAUUUAGAGACUGCUUUUCAUUUGUUCCAAAUCAAUUGUGACAAAGUAGGGGAUGAGUCGAGUCAAAGGAAACACACUUUUUACCCAAGAACAACACAAGACAAGACAAGAAAAAAAAUACCAGUCAAACACAAAAUAAAACAAAAUCAUCGGCAUUGGAGGAGAGAACAGCAAGAGGGUAACUGUUUCACGUAUUUCACUGUCACUGUUGUGCUAGAACCAAUGUUGUUUUGGUUGAGUCAACAUCUUAGACAAUAAGCAGGAUCUUAAACCUGGAAGUGCAGUUGCGUUGAAGCUCUCGCCAGGUGCAUGUCAAUUCAUUCGUAGCAAGAAACAAAACAAACAACACAUACAGUUGCUUAUUGGGUGUAUAAAUAGUAGCAAUUUUGCAAUUUAGGCAAUUGCAAGCGCAAUAUAUGAAUUGUUUCGCUGUAUUUUUUUUCUUUGAGUGACGAAAAUCACACGAAAAGAAAGAUGUAUUAAGAACAGAGAGGUUUAUUAUUUGACCGGAUGGAUCCUAUUUUAUAGAUCCCUUUCUGCAAAGUGCAAGAAUGAUGAAACUAGCGCUAACUGUUAUUUUAAUUUAUUACAUAUAUUUUUUAUAUUUUUCACUCAUAUUACUGUCUUAUUUAUAUGUAAAAUAAAAACAAACAAACAAACCAUACAACCAUUAAACAGCCAACGUUAGGAACACACGGUACACGCGUUACGGUUGGGUGUCAUGAAAGUGAAAUGAUUUAGCGUAACAGAAAACAUGUUGUUGUAAGUGAUUAACACGUUUUACAUGUGAACCUAGUAAUAAAAGAAGCAAAAAAAACAUUACACCAAUGA